AUAACUUUGUGGCUGUGGUAGCUAGUGACGACCUGUUUAAAGGGACACUGCGCUAUUUCAUGGGCGAGGGCGAAAACAGCUAAAGCGCAGAAAAGCAGAUAAAUGCAAAAUAGCCAGCAAGCAACCGAGCUAGCAAGCUAUGUGGUCAGAGAGGAGAGGAGAGACGACAAGACGAGACGGAAAAAUUCCUUGCUCAACGAUGCAAUCAACUUCUCUUCGAAGAUAGCUAACGUUGGUUUUGAUGGCAAUCCGAUUGAUCUUUAAAUGUGAAAAGAGACACUUCAUGUGAAAUCGGACAGGGCUGUCCUGAAGCAAAGAUAAAAAGCAAAAAGUUAAACUCCGCUACUGAGAUGAAGGAAAUGUCUCGUUAAUGAACCCUUUACGUGUGAAGCCUGUCGUCCCCUUCAUGUAGCUGGUAGUUACUGCUCUGGUUGAGGAGGCCAAGAGAGGAAGAAAGAGCAAAAGAAAGCAAAGAGGGAGAGGGAGAGAUAUAACGAAGGCAAGCUGACCGGCUAGACUCUCUGAAAGGCAGAGAGACACCAGUCACCAGAGGUGCUCGCCCCAAAAACAAAGAGGAGAAGUGGAAAAACAAAGGCAGAGGAAAAGAAAGAGAAGUCUUGGCUGUGUCUCUGUGAGGGGUUUCUCUGUGGAAUGCCCGUGUCAUGAUGCCGUCGCUGAGACUCACCCUGCGUCCAGGUGACCAGGGAGGGCGUGUCGUGUCGUCAGCCAAUCACAGCAGGUGCUUUAGGAGAGUCAGUUUCAGUUCCUGUUUAUGUUCAUCAGUACUUCCUCUCAGAACCCUCCCGCCUCACUGAUGUCCUGCCCCCCUCGGUGGUAGGUAGGUAGUUCCUGUAUCCAUCUCUUCCAUCACUUCCUCUUCCUCCUGAAGCCCCGCCCCUUACUGUCUGGCUGUGUGGGGAUGCUGGUGCUAGCUGGCACUGUUCGUAACUAUGGUGAUAGUCAGGUAACCGUGGUAAGAGGAGUCUGUGGGCACAGCUUCCUGAUGUUGUGCCAGGUGCUGACGGGACAGGAGGGCACCAUCGAACGGACGGGCACAGAGGUGCUGUGCAACUCUGCUUCCUAGUUUACACUGAUGACAUCACAACAGGAAGUAUAGGACCUAUCUUACUGUAGAACAUCAAUCUCCGCCUCCUUGCACUUUCUAGAACUUCCUGUUGCUGCUACUUGACUUCCUGUUGCAAGUCUCUCAGACACUUUAAGGCUCUGACCUCUAACCUCUGAACCCAAGCAGCCAUGAGGCACAUUCACGUAGAACUGACACGCAGCAGCAAGGAGGAGCUGGCUCCUGUGGAGCUUCCAUCCCAGGAUGGGGACCUGCCUCCUCCCGCGGCCCCCUCACAGGUCCCCGACCUUGGGGUGAUGAGACCGGGGGUGGUGGUUCCCAAGCCCUUUGGUCAUGAGCAGCUGCGUCUCCAGAAGGUCUAUCAGCUCUCCAUCUUCUCCCAGCUGGGGGGGUUCUCAGCCUCCGAGCUCCCCAGAACCAGUGAGGCCCAGCCGGGUCAGGUCCAGCGGACUGACAGGGUGGGGGUCAAGAGAGGACAGGGUGGGGUUCAAGAGGAUUCCCAUCUAACACACAAAUGGCCCCACCUGGCUGGGGACCUCGACAGGGAAAGGGAUGGAGGGGUGCUGUCAGGGUCAGGACCUGGGGUAGGAUUGGAUGUCGGAAUGGGGGUAGGGAUGGGGGUGGGGCAGGGGUCUGUAUCCUCCUGCAUCAUGGUGGAUCACAGAGACUCAGAUGGGGGCCUGUCGCCUAGAUCCCCCCCACCUGCACCCCUCUCUCCGGGCCACACCCCCGCCCGACGCCCUGCCCAGCACAAUCAUGACAGGCCCGUCCCGGACCUGUGGGCCCCGCUGUCGCCCAAACCAUCCCCCAUGGUCGAGCCCCACAGCCCUCCUGGCUCCCGCAGCCCCUUUCCCAGCAUAGAGUCUCCUCCUGGGGGUGACGCGUCAGCCUGCUCCCUGGGCAAUCCUGGAGGGUCUGGGGAGGGCUGCAGUAGUGGCUCCUCAUUGGGACAGCAUCAGCCCAACUGCUACACUGACGGCCCCCGUGGGGCCCUUGGGGCAUUCGACACCCGUAGCCCUCCUGGAGGACCUCCCCUCGGACCUCCAGGCUCCCUCUCCCACCGCUUCCUUCCCACCACAGACCCCCAGGAGCCUGGGGAGGGUAGGGAGUGGGGGGCCAAGCUGGAGUCCUCACCACCCCAUCCCAGUGCCGCCGCCUUCAACUCCACCAACGGCCUGAGCUCCGUGGAGAAGACCCCCAGCACCAGUGGCCCGAGCUCCGUGGAGAAGACCCCCAGCACCAGCGGCCUGAGCUCCGUGGAGAAGACCCCCAGCACCAGCGGCCUCCGUGGGAUCUCUUCGGGUCCCUGCCCGGCCAAGAAGAAACUGCUAUCAUCCAGCGACACGGGAGAGUCGUGUUCGGAGGACGAGGGCCCCUCCACCUCUAAGAGGAGCCGUCUGGCCCUGCUGGCCCCGGGGUUAGGGCUGGCCUCCUGCAGGGGCACCGAUGCCAAGGCUGCCCCCUUCUGGAACCACCUGCUGCCCAACGCACGGGACCCAAACCACACCAAGAGUUUAUCAGAAUGCAGAGGAGCCAGCAGAAGGCUGAAAAGUGGGAUGCGCCUGAAAAGAAAAAAUAUGUGUGUGUGCAGUCGACAGCUAUGUAGUGGGCGGCGUACAGACACCUUGGGUCGCACUGCUCGGUCCGGCUGGCCCUCUUCUUCCAUCAGCCGUUCACUACUGGGUAACUUUGAGGAGUCGAUCCUGAAGGGUCGUUUCUCUCCGUCGGGUCGUAUCGAGGGCUUCACAGCAGAGAUCGGUGCCAGCGGAUCCUACUGCCCUCAACACGCCACUCUGCCUGUACACGUCACCUAUUACGACAUCUCAGAGCACAGCGCACCCUCACCCUUCCUGGGGGUGAUCUCCUUGGAGCCUUUAGGAAAGAAGGGAUACAGCGUACCCAAAGCAGGGACCACCCAAGUGACCUUAUUCAACCCCAAUAAAACUGUGGUGAAGAUGUUCCUCGUGACCUAUAACUUUGGGGACAUGCCCGUCAAUCACAUGACCUUCCUUCGUCACCGCAUCUUCCUGGUUCCCGUUGAGGAGGCGGGGCCAGAGGCGAAGGGGGGUGGGCCUCCAGAGCCCAGGGCCACGCCCACAGAGAGGAGGAAGAUUCUCUGCUACCUGAUACACCUCAGAUUCCAGAGCUCUAAAUCUGGGAAGAUCUACUUGCACAACGAUAUCCGGCUGCUAUUCUCCCGCAAGUCCAUCGAGGUGGACACGGGGAUCCCUUACGAGCUCAAAUCUUUCACCGAGGUGCCAAGAAACCCCAAAUACUCCCCCCGUGUGUGAGCCUAUGAUGAACCCGCGACCCCUGACCCCAUCACCAACGCAGCCCAUACCUGGAACUGGGCACAGAGAGAUAAACAGACAGACAUGGACAAGAAAACUUGAAAAUAUUAUUCAUUCAAACACACGCAUAUAUACUGAGUAUACAAAACAUUAAGGACACCUUCCUAAUAUUGAGUUGCACUCCCUCUAUUGCCCUCAGAACAGCCUCGGUUCAUCAGGUUAUAGACUCUACAAGGUGUUGAAAGC